UCCAGCAGCACCCCCGCCCCAGUCCUUCGAGAAAGUCAUCAGCGACUGCAGCGGCCGUCGCGGCAGUGGUGACCGCCUCGUCAGUUCCCGCCGCUUCCGCCGGAAGUGGCACCGGAACAAGUUCCUCCCUCCACCCGCCUUCAAGACGCCCGUCAUCGAGCGCAGGCGCGGGCGGCACCACAGCCAAACAAAUGACUGUUCAGUCGCAGUCGGGUGCGCAUUCGAAUAGGCCGCAGGAGGACUUGAUAGCUACGGCCGCGUCGGCCUUGAGGCGACUGCAUUUCAAGACGGGCAGGAGCAGCGGGAUUCAGAAGAAUGCGCAAGCUAAGCAGCCCGUUCCUCUGGGCGGUCAACCAGUGCCAAAGGUCAUCGUCAUGGGCAGCAGCACGGCCUCCGAGACAACGAUCAACACAAGCACGGACAGCUCGAACACGAUCGUGACCACUGUGACAGCUACCGAUGGGGAUUUGACAGAAGACAGCCUGGACCUGACCGAGCACGUUGAGGACAUUUUGGGACAGGAGAAUGUGUUGACCGAGGGUGUCAGAUCUGGAAACGCCAUAUUGCAACCUGUACCUCUAUCGCCUAAGACUCCCGCUACUGCGAAGCAAAAUACCCCACCAACUGCCAAAAACGAAUGUCGAUUCACCUUUGAACUCACUAGGCCACAUGUACUACCCACCGCAAAAUCAGAGGACCACACGGCAACCACAGCUCCUCGCUUGCGCUCAACCCACUCCAUAGAAAGGGUUCAGUCGUUGGAUGAAGCUACUCCCAAAGUACCGGUGACCAAAGAAGGAAAAUUCACUUUUGACACUGAAGUUCCAGGCAGAACAGUUGAAAGUCUGAUGGAAGAGCAAAUAGAAGCAUUGAAGAUGGAGGCUAGGAGAAGGAACAGUUACAAGCAAGCUGCACAAAACUUUGACCAAAUAGAGAUGAUGGAGGAAAACGCAAAUAAUUUCACACCGUCAACCCCCAGGGAGCACAGGAGGAGUUUCAAAAAGAAACUGGUUGUGGAAAAAGAAAAGCCGGAACGAACAUCGCCGAAGAGGAGAGCUGAGAAAAAUGUCAACUCGUCGCCGGAGGACUGUGAUUCGCCUAAGCCAAAACACAGACAAAAGAAAUCAAGUCGCCGCACUCGCUCCCCAGGCAAGCACCACACGCCAUCUAGCGAUGCGAAGUUCAACUACGAUGAGCGCCAUCUAGCGAAAUUUAGAAGCGGCGGAGUGGGAGGCAGUACCACCACCAGAAUGACCCCGCCUUUGCCUGACUUGAGGGUGGAUUUUGCUCCAGAGAGGAGGAGUAGUCAGCAGGUGGACCAUAUCGGACUGCCUUCUAUUGAGAAAAGAGGGAGUGUUUGUUUGAAUAAGUGUCUGAGAGAGGUUGGAUCUCACAUGGACCAAACAAUAAACGCGAUCAACGUGACGACCAAUCCUUUGGAAGCCCAAACGCCACACUUUCCAUCUCCAAGCAAUAAAAAGAAUGCUGCUGCUACGAUCGUGGUGCAGCAGGCUUCGGUCAGCGAAAACAUCAGCACGAUUUUGCUAAAAAGUGGAGCUGAAUUCGUUUCGAAUGUGCAACAGGAGAAGACCAGGAAAAAGGAGGAGAAUAUGAAGCAGUUGCUUGAUGUAGCGAAUAAUCUGACAUUGGAGGAGAUUCACGACUUCGAAAUGCGGUAUGGUAGCCCGCAUCACAAUAGAUCUCAAUCGGUGAAAACGCCCAGAACUUCCGGGAGACCGAAUUACCUUUGUCUGCCUCAACAAAGGUCAAGGGUUGCUUCGAUGCCAAAUACGGGGGUGGAGGAAGAAUAUUACAGGUUGAGGCAUUUCUCCAUAACAGGAAAAGGAGUAGUUAACCGAGGGGAUAGCUUGAAGAGUCGUAGGUCGAGAUCAAACAACUCGGUGGCUUCUAGUAAUUCUAGCACAGAACAACUUCCAGCUGCAGUGAGCGCCGCAGGUUCAGCGCGGACUUCAGCUUCGUGCAGCUUAGCGUCUUCAAGAGAGUCCUCCACUUCCGCCCCUCCACCAUCACCAUAUAAAGUCCUCAUGUUGGGAGGACCAGCCGUGGGCAAAUCAAGCUUGGUCCUACAAUUUAUGACUUCGGAGUACCUACAUGCUUACGAUACAAGUAUAGAUGACGACAGCGGGGAAAAAUCAGUUUCCGUCCUUUUAGCUGGAGAAGAGUCAGAGCUAUGCUUCAUAGAUUUCGCUUCGUCAGAUUUAUCGCCUGAUAGCUGUAUAAGGAAAUAUACCGACCCGCAUGCCUACUGCGUCGUAUACAGCAGUGCCGAUAGGUCGAGCUUGGAGAUAGCUGAGAACAUAUUGCAGAAUCUUUGGACGCUGGAUACAAUCAGCACAAGAGCAGUAAUUUUGGUUGCGAACAAAGCUGACCUGGUGAGGUCAAGAGUAGUAACGACAGAAGAGGGUAAGUCGAUGGCCACAUCUUACGAUUGCAAGUACAUAGAGACCUCAGUGGGGAUCAAUCACAAUGUGGAUGAACUGCUAGGACUUGUUCAGAAAACGAAGUUCAUCAAAGAAGAACCUGAACAGGAACAAAAGUCCUGCUUCAGGCACUGCCACUCCAACAGGCAGCGUUCAAAACUCGCCCAAAAAGUACAGAGGAAGCAGAACAUCCGCCAGUCUCAAAGUCAGAAAUCUCCUGGGAAAAGUCUGGGCUAGAGAUUCCAAGUCAAAAAGUUGCGAAAAUUUGCAUGUACUUUAAAAAAGUGUUUUAUUUCGGUUAUUUAGUUGAAUUAAAAAUAAUUAUGUACCUUUCAUGAUGGAUUUUCAGCAAUUUAGCAAAGAUUUCAGACAGGUGACUCAUGGCCAGAGAUUGUUGUCUUCUGACCUAUGUCUACUUCAGUGAAUACUAAAUUCGUUGGAAGGAUAAAACUUCAAAAAUAUUUUCUUCUCACAUCUCAAAGUAUAUCCUGAAGAGUAGCCGUUUUGGUAUCAUUUCAGAAAAAUUCAUCAUGAAACGGUCUGCGCACACUGAUGUUUUAAAAAAGUGCACAAUUUUCUCCACCCACAAUUGUGAUAUUGGUUUAGUUUUAUGUUGAUGAUCUGUUUACAUUUAUGUGUAAGGUAUCAGAAAAAUUUCAAACAGAAGUGAAGAAAGAAUACACUGUGAUAAAAGCACAGUGAUAUGAACAGAAAUAAAGCUGCAUUUUUCAUGGUUUCAGGUUUCAAGAAAGUUUGUUUGCUAAGGAAAAAUAAAUUUAAAGUCUCAAACAUUCAUUGUGUAGUGCAACAAGAAAAUUAACUUGGAAGCAAGAUGGAAGAAGGGUCGGUUUUGCCUGUCUAAGUUUUUAGGGUCCUGGGUUUUAGUGUUUGCGGGAUUGUGAUAGGGGACCUACAACAGUUCAAAGUCAUAUGUUGCAUCUGUCCUUGGGAGUCUUGGUUUUUCUAGCAAUUUUCUGAAGACUGAAGGAGGAAGAGGAUCAACAUUGGCCACGGAUUCGUAUUCAGUAGGCAAAGGUACUUCGGAAAUCGUAUGCCGCAUGUGCAGAAAAAAUCGCUCCUCAAAAGUCUUCAUUCUUGUGAAUACUGCUCCUGCAGAUGGAAGAGUGAUAGAGCUAAAAUUACUAUGAUUCGUACAUCGGAGACUAAAGUACUCCAAAAUCAUAUAUCGCAUGUGCAUCAUUCUUGAAAUAUCUUCAUUUUCUGAUGGUUUUCAAGACUGAAAGGGAGGUUGAGCAGAAAUGACCACGGAUUUGUGUUCAGAAGACAAACGUGCAUCGGAAACCAUAUAUAGUAUCACAUGCAAAUUAAAGAAACCCGUUUUCUGUAGGCCUGAGUGGUGAGACCACAAGAGUGAGAAUAGUUAAAAUAAAGUGAGAAUUUAUUAAGAAAGUAUUGGUUUUCCAUUGAUGGUAUUUUUCCUGUUUUAGGGGCUGGUUGGGGGAUACUAAGAGAGGUGGUGGUGGUCCGCUCAGGGUGACAUUGACUUGUUCUUCAGUAGAUACAACAUGAACUUAUUUUGAACAAUUCCAUCCAAAUUAAAUUUUGGACAAAAACUGGCCUUAUUAACUCUCCUCCUUUGAUAAUUAAAUUAUUUUUCAACCAGGAGCUUUUUACGCCAUAGGGAGGUGAAAUAAAUCAAGCGUUCACUAUAUUUAAGUUUACAGAUGCUCAUUGACCACAAGAACUGCCUAUUUGUUGCUAGACAUUGGCAAAACUACGGAUAACCGGUGAUACAGUACGAUUGAUUGUAAUUUUAGAGCCACUAUCCAUUUGGAGUCAACCCUAGAAUUUUUUGACUCACUCGAUAACCAGUCAUAGAUGAAAUUUUUUCGUUAUAAGCGUUUAUGUGCCUUGUGGCGUUAGAGCUCGAGUUGUUUCACACCUUUUGUUGUUAUUUUUCGUCGCAGUAAAAGCAUCUACUUUGCCUUUGUCACCUGAAUAAUCAGGAUUAACUCUGGUAACAUUUUAGUCUCACAACAAGUAUUUUCACGAAAUUCCUAUGGAAAAUCAGCUUUUUUCUGUAUCUAUCAAACAAUUCUAUACACCAAAAUAGUGCAGUGUUUUAUUUUGGGGCUAAGUGAAAGAUGUUCUUAGACGUGCAACAUGCCUGUCGUUACAGUUACCUGUAUUCAUCACCUGUAUCAAAUUGUCAGGUGAAAGAAAAUAUACAGUUUGCUAAAACAAAUACUACACAAUUCAAGCGUAAAAAUAGUAAAUCGCGUAAAUGGCAGCACUGGGUCGGUGCUGCACCUUCGUUGAUAUGUGCUUUGGUACCUAACCAGUGUUUCUGUUUACUCUCUAAGGUUCUUUACAAGUGCUGAAUUGACAGAUAACUGUUGACUGGCAAAUAGUGAAUCAGAACAUUGAUAUUACUAGGCAAUAAUAUUGAAGGUAUUAAUUACUGGUUAAUAUUAAAUUAAGUACUAUAAUCAUAAUGGGUCCACAAAUUGUCGUAUUAUAGAUACGUAGAAUUAACAAUAUAGAGAAUUUAUUAGUUGGUAGGGCUUUAAGAUAAUAUAGUGAAAACUUGAGCUCAAUAAGAUUUACAUUAACACAAAUAUUGAAAAUGUAUAUGUUCAUUAUAGUUUACGUAACAAUGAUAAGUUAAAAAAUUUAGAAACUCCGAUGCGCUGCCAUAAGAUUAAUGAGUGGACAAGUGUGAUAUACCUUGUAUACAGAGUGUCCCUGAAUAUACAAACAUGUCAAUGUCAGGUAUGCAUGUAAAACACACAAAAAUGUCAUAAGCACCUUUAAAAAUAUAAAUAUGAAAUAAGGAAACAAAAGUAACAGAACGGUUCUAUGUUUUUUCAGGUAAAGUACUUUUCAAAAAGUCGUCAGCUAACUUUGAACAAGGAAGUCGAAUGGUAGAGUUGGAUUUAGCUUUGAGCCUCUCCUUCACCCUUAUUUGAAGACCAACUUUUUUUUUUUAAUGAAAGGCUACUUUUUGAAACCGGCAAUCGACAGAACGAAAAAUUCUACACUCAAAUAUAUUUUAAAAUCUUAGAUCACCUCUAAAGAUCAAUUAAUGGUGUGAAUAGUUUGUGGCUAGAGAAGACUCAAGAUCACCAUUGUAAUCUUCGCUGGAAGAAUUUUAUCCAUCAAUAAUUCUGUUAAGCUUCUCUAAAAUUCGUUUAGUCUCACUCAUUACCUUUGUUUGACCUUCAGGAGUCUGUUUAGGACUGAGAACAACUUUUCUCCACAUAACUUUCGCACUUUGUACAAUGUCUGGAGUGAUGCCGCCCCGAUGACAAUAUCUAUGACCGAUGCUUUCCAGAGGAGGACUGCCUGACUGAUCUAUGACUCUUCUUUAACGAACAGUCUCAGGACCCUUUUGCAUCGGCGGGCUGCCGGCGAUCUAGCUCUCUUCUACCGCUCUACCACUGUGUCAACAGGUCUAGUUCCUCAUAUCUGUUCUCCAUAAUGCCGCCGCGCGUUGAGCCUGCCAGAUCCGCCAGGCUUCUACCUCGCAUCUCAACUCUGUCGCACGACAAACAUCAAGCACUGGCAGGUGCGGCCCCUCCUGCGUUCCUAUGUUGUCGAGGUUGUGGGACAGUCUACCUUAGCGGGCUUUUAUUUUUCUUUCUGCCUAAGCGGCUGCUUAUAUAUCGAGAAAGAACCGACCUUAACCUUUUCCAAAAAUACCUUACCUGGAAAAACACGAAUCCGUUCUGUUACUUUUGCUACGUCCGAGCUUUUGUAAGAUUCUUACCGAAAAUUUUAAUAUGCUACAAAACGCUUGUGAGAUAAGGUAUCGGACAAAGAGAUAAAGAGGGAUUUUCCCCUAUAACAGUAACAUUUGUAAAGCGCAUAUUUUCGUUCUUCCUUCUCUGUAUGUUCUGCACAUGUUCAAUAUGAGCUACAUAAUUAUUUAUGAGAUGAAUAUGAUGUUAAUUUAAAUCUUUUCCAAGCUCUUCCAUAUAACGCUUAUAUGUCCUAAUAUAUAACUAGAUUUUUUAAUUACUAUAAAAACCGUUAGGAGAGUUUUUCAUUACUCGGAAAGGGACAUAAAACAUUGACAUUGACUUACGUAUCCUGAAAAUUCCCAAUUAAAAUAAGUAUCAAAAAGGGUCUAGAGCUCCUAGCGCCAUCUAUGAGGCAGUAGCAGAACCAAACACUCAAACAUCUUUCCAAGCAGAUUUCUGCAUUUUUGUGUUAUUCUAGUGAUUCAAAGAUGGCGAUAGUACCUUUCAGAUCCUUUUGGAUGUCGACAUACAGUAUAUGGUUGGGUAUCUUCAGGUAAAAUACGUUAAUCAAUGAUGAUAUCUAUUUAGCUUAAUGAUCACGUAAAAAAUAUUUGAAGAGUUCCGAUCAUAUACAUUGUAACACUCAAAUAUAUAUUUUUUCAAAUUUUCUUUGUGAUGAGAACCUCUACGUACUUAAUUAUAAUGUUUACAUAAUCCUUAUACACAAAAACAAGGUACAACAAAACUUGGCGAGCGGUGUAGCUUUAAAAGUAGAUCUUAUUAUACUAACUUCUUUAACCGAUUAUUUUCGUAUUAUCACUUAGUUGCUUGACCUAGAUUCUUUGAAAGUCAUAUUCGAAUACAUUCGAACGAAAAUGUCUUAUCUACUUUUUGAAAUAAAAUCAAAGAACCUGCUUCUUUUCAAAGAAACUAAGUUGAAGCAGUAUCCAAACUGAGUUUAGCUUUCUUUAGAGAAAAUGCAAUAGGCAAAGUAUAUGUAUGUGAUACUUAUAAUUUUGAUAGUUUUAUGACUAGAUCAUAUCUGUCAGUCAAAUUGUAGAAGAGAAAAUUGUGGGUGAUGUGAUCUGACUAAGCUUGGAGGACGUUUGAUUCAUCUUUUCACGCCUAAAAGGUAUAAGGGAGCAAACGAUCUUAGGCUAGUGUGUUGAAAAAUUAUGAAGUUGCGAGCUUCUGGAAAACAAGCAUUACAAAUAUAAAGAAAAGUUAUGAAUAAGAUGUUUGAAAUAGCUUUAAGUCAUACAUGAGAAUACUGCAUUUUGCUUCAGCAUUACUUGAGCUCAUCAAUAAAUCUUAUAUGUAACUAAUUGAGGUAUUGUAAUACAAGAAUCUUAGUCGGAUGUUGUCAAAAAUCUAACGACGUUUUAAGGUAAAUGUUGAUAUCGAAACUAAUUCAAUAUUAUACAGAGGAAUCCAAAUAUCACUGACUAAUGUGUACGAGAGAGCAGCGCGAAAAGCGUGCAGCACGUUUGUUAGAAGCAGUGCGCCGUUGGCAACAUGACAAGCAGCAGCUGCGUCACUCGAGGUGCUAGGCAACAUGGUGCUUGUAUCUCUUUCUAACAUAGUAUUGC